UGAUACCCCUCUAGCAUCAUCAUCUAUAGUGUUCUUUAGCCCUGCUGGGUAGUGUCUAUGAAAUGAAAUCCAAUGCAUGCUUGUAAACUCUCCAGGAAUUCCACUAACUUUUGUGACUCUUGGAUUGAACAACUGUCAUGUUUGGAAAAAGGCUAUGUGGUGCGUAUUAAAAUCCAUGAAUAAGGUAAAAUUUGUAGAUGACUCAAUUAAGAGACCGGCAUUGAAUGAUUCACUGUUUGAUGCAUGGGAGAGAUGUAAUAGCCUGAUAUCUUGAAUUAGUUUGUCAUCGAGUCCAGAGAUUGCUCUGAGUGUGAUGUGGUUUGAUACUGCAGUUGAUUUGUGGUGUGAUUUGAAGUAUAGAUUUUAUCAGGAAGAUAUUUUCAGGAUAGCUGAAUUGGAGGAAGAGUUGUUUGCUGUGAAACAAGGAGAUUUUUCAGUCACUGUCUACUUCACGAAAUUUCCUCCUCUUGAUGAACCCUGUUUCCAGCAGCAUCUUCAAUGUGAUGUCUCCACAAUGCUGGAUAUUAGAGAAGCUAACAAGUUUCCUAUGGCACUUCCCAAGCUGAACAAAGCUGCAGCAAUGCUUGACAUGCUUCUUGAAAACUCAGUAAACUACCAAGUCCAAGAAGCAGAAGAACAAGCCAAUUCCCAUUCUAUUCUUAGCACUUAUCCUAACUGGUUUUCCUCUAAGUUUUGAUGCCAAGGGAAUGAUGAGACGGUCAUAAACACCAUCAGUUAUGAAAACUGAGAUCAUAAUGAAGAAGGAAAAGAGCCUGCUGGGAUUUGGAAGCUUGAAGUUAUGUACCUGUUCAUGGUUUUAGCUUGUAGCAAAAAAAAUGAGCUUUUGCUACUGCUUAUUGAUAACAUGAAACUGCUACUCCAUAGGGGAAUUACCUUUAUUAUGGCCUUCAAUUCUUCCACUUGCUCUAUUGUGCAAACACUCCAUGAAGUAUUAUUAUUGUUAUUAGUGAUGAUGCAAGCUUUAUUCAGAAACCUGAAAUACAAAGUUUCACUUCAAGGGUUGGCUAUAAUUAUUAA